UUUUUAAAACCAGUGGAUACCAAGCUCUUCACAUCAUACCUGACCGUGGUGCAGCAUCCCAUGGAUCUGAGUGUCAUCAGCCGCAAGAUCCAUGACCAAGAGUACAACUCCAUUUGGGAGUACGUGGAGGACAUGCAUCUCAUGAUCAACAAUUGCCUUCUUUUCAAUCCUAAACAGUCCUCCUUUCAC